AUGACCGCUCAAGUACGCGACCUCAAGCCGCUCAACAUUAGACCUGUUCAACAUCAGGUCCACGACCCUCCCAAGACAGACCCUUUCGACUUCCAUCACCACGAUGACAAGAUUCACAUCCUUCUCUGCGCGUCAGGGUCGGUUGCGACCAUCAAAAUACCAAACAUGAUCAACGCGUUAGCGAAACAUGCGAAUGUACGGAUUCGACUCAUAUUCACGGCUGCGGCGACCAGCUUCCUGCAGGGACAGAGCGGCGAACAGCCUUCCAUGGAAGACAUAGAAGCCCUGCCGAAUGUAGACGGAAUAUACUUCGACGAAGACGAGUGGAGGGCACCAUGGGUACGAGGCAACAAGAUCCUUCAUAUUGAGCUACGGCGAUGGGCAGACAUUAUGGUCAUUGCACCCUUGAGCGCCAACGAGCUCGCUAAGAUAACACAAGGCUUAUCGGAAAACCUUCUGCUAUCUGUUGUACGCGCGUGGGAUACCACCGGUCUGAUUGAUCCGGUAAGGAGCAUACCUGGCGUGCAAUGGCCGCAAGAUGAAGGUGGCAUACAGAGAAAGAGGAUAUUAGUCGCACCAAGCAUGAAUACUGCCAUGUGGUUUCAGCCUAUCACGAAGAAGCAGGUGCUGGUACUGGAGGAAGAGUGGGGUGUGAAGAACGGGGGCUGGUUCGAGGUGCUGCAGCCCAUGGAGAAAGAGUUGGCGUGCGGAGAUAUCGGAGGCGGCGCAAUGAAAGACUGGAGGGAGAUUGUGGAAGUGGUUGAGCAGCGUCUGGGCCUGACACCUUGA